CACCACAACGCUCUGGUCCUGCACAGCAUUGAGUGACCUGUUCGCAGACGCUGACUGGAGUAUGACACAGCACUUUGCGGCCUCACCUUACCCGUGACGAGGCUUUUCUGUGGAGGCUGAUAUGAUGCUCAACUUCUGCCCUUUUCACCGCAUGACUCCUCAUCUGGGUUGCUAGCUAUGCAAGCUAUGCUUGACUAAACCAGUCAAGCAUAGCUUCUGUAAUCCGUGCCAGUAUUAAAAAUGACAUCAAACCUAUCCAGAUGAGCCAAAAUGGAGCAGGUACAACGAGAAGGGAUUCCCCCAGUUCCAGUCUACUCCACACCAUCAGAGGGCGCUAGAGCUUUUAAAAUGAAACGUUACACUGUUAUUCUUCAGACUUCCUGGUUCCACCCCUUACAGUUUUAACGCACAGGCCCAAGCUAGACAGUAAGUGCUUGAGGGAAAAGGGGAGAACAACACAGCCAGCAUGGCGAGUGGACAGAUGUCGAGGGCCGAGGCGCUGGCCCGCUCGGACUGCAGACAUGCGUGUCAUGUGAUGCUCUACUCGGACACAAAAUCUCGGCUGUUCGGCAGAAAUUCCAUGAGGCAUAUCAUACUGAUGCAGAUGCGCUUUGACGGCCUGCUUGGUUUCCCUGGUGGCAUGGUUAACCCCCAGACGGAGACGCUGGAGGAAGGCCUGAGCAGGGAAUUGUUAGAGGAGUUGGGUGUGGCUAUUUCUGUAUCGGUAGACGACCACGUGGAGUCUCGGAUACUUCCUCCUUCAUUCCCCUCCUCAUCCUCGGGCUCUAAUCUUGUCCUUCACUUCUAUGUGAAGAAAAUUGAAGAAGACAAGAUUAAGGAGGUGGAGAGAGCGGCUGUAUGCACUGCGAAAGAUCAUGGACAAGAGGUUCUAGGAAUGGUCAGAGUCCCGCUCUACCUGCUGAAAAGAGGAGCGGGGGGGCUCUCGUGUUUUCUGUCACAGUCGUUCAUCGGCAACGCGCGCUUACAGCUGGUCAGCGCCCUGCUGCGCCUCAACCUGCUGGCCCCCAGGGACGUGCACAGGGCCCUCACGCACUCGCUGAGGAUGCAAAGGCAGACUACGGAGGACCUGCGCGCGGCCCUGGCGCUGACGGAGGCGUAACACCCACCUGAACCUGCAUCAGCACAUAAACACAGACGCUCACUCGCGCAGCCACACACACUUGCUGUCAUACCAAUACUGAACAUGGUGACUCAUAAUUGCACCAAACAGUUUGGAGAUCACAUAAUCAACUGCUUUACCAUAAAGACAAAUAAAGCCAUUCACACUGUC